ACUGUAGUCAAAGGUCGCAGCAUUAGGAAGGUUGAGAACCACUGCUCUAGAACUUCUACGAUUAAUUUCUUUCCUGGACCGUGUAUGUUUCCUUUACUUCCUGAGUCUUAUGAUCCUCCCUCCAGAAGAGAAUAUUUUAAUUCAAAUGAAGUUUGAAUUAAACUACAUAACAUCAGGGAUUGUCUUAGAGUCAUGGAGUAAAGAAUUCCCUAAGCAGACUUCUGACCUCAUUUCCAGUAGGAAGAAGAGGAAAGGGCCAGUAAAGAUAGGAAACUGAGAGACUACUAGUCUACUCUGGAGAGUCAGGGACCAGUUCUGUUUAAAUUCUACUAAUUCCCAGUCUAAGACACAUAUGAACCAGGUGAAAAGGCCUGCGGAAUAGCUUGCUAAGGUGCUGAUGCUCUGAUCUGUUUGUGCACAGACUCCAGCUGGUUGAAGGAGCCUUUCGGCAGCCUUUCAGGGUCCAGAGGGCGGGUCCUGAAUCAUUAGCGAAUGAGAGGCGCUAGAGCUGUGCAAAUCAUCCAAUCCUUCGUCUGUAGGAGGAGGAGCCCCGCCUUAAACAGAGGUGCGGGCCUUUUUUACAUCGCCAUUAUCCUUACCCAGUGUAUGCAGCUCAAAUACUCCAGGGACGAAACCUCUGCCACGCUGUGAACCUGUUUGGGUCCUUGUUACUUUGAGGAGGACCAUAGACAAUCGGAAGCUGGAAAUGGAGUCUGUGACCUUUGAGGAUGUGGCGGUAAAGUUCAGUAUGGAAGAGUGGACACUGCUGAGUCCUUCUCAAAAGAAGCUCUACAGAGAUGUAAUGCAGGAAACAUUCAGGAACUUGGCUGCCGUAGGAAUGGAACAGGAAGACCAGAACUUUGAAAAAGACUACAGAUGUUCCCAGAGAAAUCCCAAAAGUCAAAUGGGAAAAAAUCUUUGUGAACAUAAUGAAGAUAAUCAACGUGUAGAAAAUUUCAGCUGGAUUCUAGAUACUACUCUAUAUAAAGAUAAUCCUCUUAGAUUCAAGCCAUGUGAAAGGCAUAUGUGUAGAAAUGUUCUCAAUGGUCAUUCAUCCUUAAAUGUGCCUAUCCUAGUUCAAUUUGGACACAAACCAUAUGAGUAUCAGAAAUAUGCAAAGCAGCUGUAUGAAUGCAAGGAAUGUACAAACAACUCCAGCUUCCCCCAGUGCCUUCCAAUGCAUAGGAGAACUGAAACUGAAGAGAAACUUUAUGAAAGUAAACAAUGUGGAAAAACUUUUAGUGAUAAUCCCUCCCAGAUACUUGAAAGAAUCCAUGCUUCAAAGAAACCAGGUGAAUGCAAACAGUAUAGGAAAGAAUUCAGGAACAAUGUUACCGAAAGACAAAUGGUAACACACAAGGGUGAUAGUCCAUGUAAGUGUAAGAAAUGUACUAAAGAUUUUGCCUAUUCCACUUCACUUUUUAUGCAUUCAAGUUCUCAUAUUGGAGAGAAGGUAUAUGUGCGUAAACAAUGUAAUAAAGACUUCCCUAAUCCUGAUUACCUUGAAUGCCAUGAAAAGGUGCAUCGUGAAGAAAGACCCUAUGUUUGUAAGUACUGUGAGAAAACAUUUACUCGUUCUGGUUCCUUGAGAUGUCAUGAAAGGAUUCAUACUGGAGAGAAACCAUAUUCAUGUAAGCAAUGUGGGAAAGCCUUUACUACACACACUUCUCUCCAGUGCCAUGAGAAGAUUCACACCGGAGAAAAACCUUAUGAAUGUAAACAAUGUGGAAAAUCUUUCAUGCUCUACAGAUAUUUGCAAAGACAUGAACGAAUUCACAGUGGACAGAAACCCUAUGAAUGUAAGCAAUGUGGUAAAGCUUUUUAUGUUCACAGUGUUCUUCGAUAUCAUCAAAGGAUCCACAGUGGAGAGAAACCUUAUGAUUGUAAGCAUUGUGGGAAAGCAUUCACUCAUUCCAAUUAUUUGAGAUGCCAUGAAAGGAUUCACAGUGAAGAAAAGCCCUAUGUAUGUAAACAAUGUGGUAAAGCCUUCACUACACACAAUUCCCUUCAUCACCAUGAAAGGACUCACAUUGGAGAGAAACCCUAUGUAUGUAAGCAAUGUGGUAAAGCUUUCAGAACACAGAAUUCCCUUUAUCAUCAUGAAAGGACCCAUACUGGAGAGAAACCCUAUGGAUGUAAACAAUGUGGUAAAGCUUUCACAUUGUGCAGGUCCUUACAAAGACAUGAACGAAUUCAUAGUGGGGAGAAAUCCUGUGGAUGUAAGCACUGUGGGAAACUCUUUUCAUGUUUGAGUGAGGUUCAAAGGCAUGAACAGACUCACACUGGAAUAAAGUCUUAUAUAUGUAAACAAUGUGGGAAAGCCUUCUCUAAAAAUAGUUACCUUCAGUAUCAUGAAAAGAUUCAUAGUGGAGAGAAACCUUGUGUAUGUAAGCAGUGUGGAAAAGUGUUCACUUUUUACAGUUCUCUUCAACGCCAUGAAAGAACUCACAAUGGAGAGAAACCUUAUGUAUGUAAGCCAUGUGGGAAAGCAUUUACUUUUUCCAGUUCCCUUCAGCGUCAUGAAAGGAUUCACAGUGGAGAGAAACCCUAUAUAUGUAGGCACUGUGGGAAAGCCUUUCCUUCUUUGAAUCAGGUUCAGAGACAUGAGCAAACACACAGUACAGUUAAACCCUUUGUAUGUAAUCAGUGUGGUAAAGCCUUUACUCUACAUAGUUCCCUUCGGGACCACGAGAGGGUCCAUAGUGGAGAGAAACCAUAUAUAUGCAAGCAAUGUGGUAAAGCCUUCACUUAUCACAGUUCCCUUUGGUACCAUGAAAAGAUUCAUAGUGGAGAGAAACCUUAUACAUGUAAGCAAUGUGGAAAAGCAUUCUUGCAGUGCAGUUCCUUGCAAAGACAUGAACGAAUUCACUCUGAAGUGAAACCCUGUGCAGAAGAGUGUGAACCUGUUAAUUAGAGAAGCCCUAUAAAGAGUUUAGAUGGCCAUUUUGGUUGGAGUGUGGAAGGUCAAAAUGCCAAUAGAAAUGCAGAAAAUAAAGAAUGCUCAUUAGGUUUCAGAAAAGAAUGAGUGCUCUAUUGAGAAAUGGACUAUGCAUAUUUCAUUUUGACAAAUAAUCUGGUUUCAUUCUGCCCAUGUCUAAAGAAUUUGAGUGAGGUUUAAUUAAAGGACAUUUUACUAGAUCAAGGCAAUUUGAAGACAGUGUAGUAUUCAGUGUGUCAUGGUUAUUGCUCACCACUCUUUCCUGGGUUUGCAGAGAGAUGGAGAGGAAGGGAUAGAGAUGUAAAAAUUGUCUAGUUUGUUGAGAAAAUCAUAAGUGAAUUUAAUGCUGCACAAAAGGAAUGCAUGGUGGGGGCUGUGAUUGUUAAAAAGAUUAGCACAGCUAAGAAUAAAGCAUGCAUUUUGCACUGGGACAAUAGGAAGGAUACAUUGAGGGCAUAGUCCUCCCAUUGAAGACUCUAGCUUGUAAGUGUAUAAAAUUGUUUGAAAGGAGAGACUGAAGUGAUCUCUUGUUCAAAAUUGCCUAGGGAAGUAUUUUUUUUCCCCUGGAUCAACCACUAAGACACAUGGGCUAUUUCAGGUCCACUCAAAAGGGGCCAGUCUACAUCUCCAGCCAGCAUUAGAACUUGACAGCAUCCUUCAUGCAAAAUGCAAGACCAGACCUGAGUUAUGGAAGCUUGCUCCAAGCCCACUAAGGCCAGAUGAUAUGUAUCACAUUUAGAUUGCCUGCAAGGAAAGCAAUGUGUAGCACAUUCAAAUUUUAUGAAAGGAUGUCCCGAGAGGGCUCCUUUCAUUGUUGUGAAGCUGUGAAGGUGAGCCUUGUGUUACAGCAGAGAUUCUAGGAAAUGCCAGGACCAUGCUUAGUCUGUUAAGGAGGUAGGGAGUAGAACCAGUCUAGUGCAAUGGGUGCUGCAGGGUACAGAAAUGGAGGAGUGGGUUUACAGAAGGCUAAUGGAGCUCAGAUGAUAUCAACAAUAGCUCUACAUGCUGACAAAGAUCUUCAGGAUUUGGUGAUUGUGUUUCUGGGUUUUGGCCUUGCUUUUGGCACAGUCUUUUCUCUGAUAUAUUCUCAGUUCUCCCUUUUGGAGUGGAAAUGUUUAUUACAUAGCAUUGUAUAUUCAGCUUUGUAACCUCUCUUGAUUUUCUAAGGGCUCACAGUUCCAAGAUUGCCCUGAGUCUCAAAAAAAAAAAAAAAAAAA